UGGUUGUUGGUCUGGUCUGGGUCCUGGGCUCCUUCCCAACCUCCCUCAGACUGAGGUUUCCUGCCUGCCUAGGCCAGGUCUAGAGCGCCAUGAGGAAGGAAGUGUGCAGAAGGCUGGCUCGACAAGAUCUGACUGUGUGGGCGGUGGGUGGACCUAUGGAGGGAGUGGCCAACGGGCUGCUGUUCACUGGGGGUGGGACCAGGACACAUUGUAGGCAGAAGUCCCAAAGGCAGGGCGAGGGCCAUGGCGGACACAAUCUCAGGUGCCCCACCGUGCCCAGCCAACAUCUCAGCAGCUGCUGAUCGAAUCCUCAGUGGCUUCCAGGAAGGCUUCCUGUGGCCCGUUCUGGUGACUGAGUUCCUGGUGGCUGUGGCUGGCAACAGCCUGGCCCUCUACCGCUUCAGCACACGGGAGCAGCGCCCAUGGCACCCAGCUGUGAUCUUCUCAGCCCAGCUGGCUGUCAGCGAUCUGUUCUACGCCCUGACACUGCCCCCGCUGGCUGCCUACUUCUACCCACCCAAAAACUGGCGCUAUGGGGAGGCCAUGUGCCGCCUGGAGCGUUUCCUCUUCAUCUGCAACACGCUGGGUAGCAUCAUCUUUAUCACCUGCAUCAGCCUCAACCGCUACCUGGGUGUCGUCCACCCCUUCUUCACCCGCAGUCACCUGCGGCCCAAGCAUGCCUGGGCCAUUAGUGCCGCGGGCUGGGUGCUGGCGGCCCUGCUGGCUGCACCCACACUCGGCUUCUCCCACCUGACGACACCACAGCAAGGAGGCCUCUGCACCGUGGCCAGGCCUGAGGCCUGCAUCAAGUGCCUGGGGACUGCGAGUGACAACCAGCUCAAGGCCUACUCAGCCUAUAGCCUGGCGCUGAUGGCACUGGGCUGCGGCCUGCCGCUGCUGCUCACCCUGGCAGCCUAUGGCGCCCUUGGGCGGGCCGUGCUACGCAGCCACGGCAUGACGGCAGCCGAGAAAAUGCAUGUGGCAGUAUUGGUGGCCAGUGGUGUGGUGCUCUAUGCUGGAUCCUAUCUGCCCUACUUUGUCACACGUGUGAUCAACGUGUCUGCCCGGCAGCGCUGGAGAGCCCGCUGCCCGUCCUUUGUGGACGAGACUCAGGCUGUGAAGGCAUUGGACCUGGGGGCCUACGUGGGCCACCAGGUGACGCGGGGCCUCGUGCCCCUGGCCAUCUGCAUCCACCCGCUGCUCUACAUGGCUGUAGCACCCAGCGUAGGCUGCUGCCACCAAUGCUGCCUUGGCUGCAAGGAGGGCCGGGCCUCAGAGAACACUGAGCGCGCCAGCCAACCCCUGCCCCUCACUGCCACAGCCACCAAAACCUUGGGGCCCCCGCCCCCUGAGCUGAGCCCAUGACCUGACCUAUUUUGAGCCUCCUCCCCACAAGGCACUGGAACCCAGCAGCCGAACAGGUGAGAGCACAGCAGGGGUCAAACCACUUCCCCAAACAGAGGCCUGUCAUGGGAGCAGCGAGCACUCAGACCAGACAGGCAAGAGUUCUGCCCCCAGCACUAACCAUGCG